GGCAAGAUGGCUGCGGCGGUGGCUGGGGCCGCCCCACUGGGCAAGGGGCUGGACAUCAGCCUGGCGGCUCUGCAGCGACACGACCCCUAUAUCAGCGGCAUCCUGGACGUGGCCAGCCAGGUGGCGCUCUACACAUUUGGGCACCGAGCCAACGAGUGGGAGAAGACUGAUGUGGAAGGAACACUGUUUGUUUAUACCAGAUCAGCUUCACCGAAAUACGGGUUCACCAUUAUGAAUAGGCUGAGCAUGGAGAAUCGCACAGAGCCAAUAACUAAAGAUCUAGAUUUCCAGCUGCAGGACCCAUUUCUACUUUACAGAAAUGCCAGAUUGUCCAUUUAUGGAAUUUGGUUUUAUGAUAAGGAAGAAUGCCAAAGAAUUGCGGAGCUCGUGAAAAAUUUAACUCAGCAAGAGCAGCUAAAAGCCCAGCAGGGGGCUGGCAUAGGAAUUUCCCCAGUAAGCUUGAAUUCGGGUGACAGCAAGGAGGUGGAUAUCUUACGGAUGCUGACCAAAGCCAAAGACGAAUAUACCAAGUGUAAGACGUGCUCAGAGCCUAAACAAAUAGCCAGCUCUUCUGCUAUAUACGACAACCCCAACUUGAUCAAACCAAUCCCAGUGAAGCCCAGUGACACGCAGCACCAAUGUAUACCUCAAAAAAUCCAGAACGUAGACCCUGAACCGCAGCACUUAUCCCUAACCACACUGUUUGGGAAGCAAGAAAAGUCUAGUACGUACCAAGAUACCUCAGAGCAUUCACAGAAACAGUACCAAGAGAACUUUCCCCUGAGGCAAGGGGUUGUGCGCUCUCUGUCCUACGAAGAACCCAGUAGGCAUUCGCCCACAGCGGAGAAGCAGCUUUGCCCAGCCAUUCAAAAACUCAUGGUGCGUGGGGCAGAGCUUCACCCUGUCUCCGAACUUCCUGAGAGCCGCCUGUGUGAAAACGGCAACCCCCACACUACGGGAGAAGUUUUUACUGGACACUUUCAGCCCGUGGCUUCUCAUAGCAUUAGAACGUCCCAUCCGGUUCAGGACCCAAGUGGCCCUCGGAGCCUGUUACAGCACCUGCAGGGCCAAUCGGAACAGAUGACCAAGAUGGACGCCGCUCCAGCAAGCUCAGCUCCAUCCAUCUUCAGCAGCGCUCCUGUUGCCUCCUCAGCAGCCCAGGUAAACAGCAUAGCUCAGCCACAUCUCAUGUAUUUCAAUGGCACCCUCCGAGGUCAGACUGUGGGUCCUCCAGGCCUUGGUAAAGAACAAUCCAAACUUCCUGGGCAGCCGCUUCCUCUUUCAGGGAACCAGUCUGGCACUUCUGGGGUAAUUUCACCACAAGUAUUGUUAAAAAAACUCCAGAUAGUGCAACAGGAGCAGCAGCUGCAUGUAUCCAGCAGGCCGACAUUGGCAGCUAAGUUUCCCGUGGUUACUCAAAGCACCACCUCUCUGAAACCUUUGGACUCCUGGAUGGACAAGGCUUCAAAUGCAGAAAAUCAAACCCCUCUUUUUCAGGUCAUCUCACCCCAGCGCAUUCCUGCUACCGUGACGCCGUCGCUCCUGAUGUCCCCAAUGGUGUUUACCCAGUCAGCCCCGGCACCCCCAAAACCAAGUGAAAGCGGGUGGCUGCCCAUUGGGAACCAAGAAGCAGCCUCCACUUCAAAUAACCUCCUCUUGCCUAUGCAAAACUCGGAACCAUCUGUUGCAAGCAACACUCUACUGACAAAGCUACAGCUGCAGGAGACAUUGCUACAUCUGAUCCAGAACGAUGACAACUUCCUGAACAUCAUCUAUGAUGCCUACCUUGGCAGCGUGAGAAAAGCAGCUCUGAAAAAGCCCAUGUGAAACAUAUUUCU